GUGCUACGUUCGUGGUAGCUACCCACAUCAGCCCUACCUCGUAAAGUGAAUGGAUAGCUGCGUGUUGUGACUAGAGUGCCAAGCAUUUGGGGACUAUUACCCUGAAGGUGUGUGUGCUUUUUUCUCUGUCGAUCCACCUAAAUACAAAGCGUUGUAGUGCAGUAGCGAUACACAGCUCUCAACUCACUGAUAAUUGAGUCAUAUCGACACAGUAACCAGCUACAGCUAACGGUGGCUAACGUUACUCCCGCUUUCAGUUUCUACUCCAGCUAGCAUAGAGUCGAUCACUGUGACAACACACUGCUGGUGUUGUCUGCCGUGUUCCUUAACUGUAUAUAUUACGAUAUAAUCGGUAUCAGUGUUCAGAAAUGUAAACGCUUCUACCGGCAACUGCUUUUCUGUCGGCUGAGACUAGCAAGGAUCGCUAAGGUCUUUUUUAGCUGUCCGGCUGCAUCCUAAUGCUAGCUAGUUACCUGCGAACAAGCAGCUAAGCAUGUAAGCUAACUUGACAAUAACACAGCGUCUUGCAGUGCUUGAUCUCUAUUUGUAAAGUUUUUUCCAGACUCUGCCAUGACAAACUGAACAGCUUUCAAGCAUCCUUACGGUCCUGUUGGCCUCCCAGCCCGCAGAGGCCAGGGCUGAAUCCACCAACAGUGUGAGAAGACACCACUUUAAAUGGGAUACAACGCUGGCUGUAGAGGAUAUCAGUUAUCUCCAGGAAAACGCUUUGUAGCCCCGUACUAGUGUAUCAAUGGAUGAGGAAGCUGAGAGCCCUCUCCCUGGCACAGAGCCUGUGGAAGAAGAUUUGGAAGAGAGCAAGAGCGAGGGAGACACCACAUCUGAAGCAACCCCAGCACCCUCAGACCCUCUAAAUACUAAAGAAGACCUGAGCCCUGAUCCUCUAAAGGAAAUGCAAGCAGAAGUCAAAGAGGAGGCUAAAGCUACUGGUGGUGAACCUCCUGUUGACUGGUUUGAACCACUUGAGGAUGAUGAUGAUGCCAAUAGUAGGAAUGAUCCAGAGGAAGAUAGCCUGGCAGGAGAAAGUGAAAGGAGUGAGAGCAUUGCAGGCAGUGAGAAGACCUCCAAAAGGACAUAUAAGCUUAAGAUGCCUCGGCGUAAGCGAUCACAUCCUGACGAGGGAUGGAUUGAGUGGUCUGUACUCGGAGAGGGCUGGAAACGCAAAGAGGUUGUUCGACGCUCAGGCUCCAGUAUCGGCCAGAAGGAUGUGUAUUACCUAAGUCCACGGGGUGAUCGAGUGAGAAGCAGAGUAGAACUGACCUCAGUGCUGGAGGGAAUACUGGACUUGUCAAACUUUGAAUACAAGACGGGCAAGUUCCUCAAAGGUGAAGCGCCACCCAUAAGAGUUCGACACAGAGUGAAGAGAAAGGUCCGGGAGCGUUCUUCAUCAGAGUCCAGUUGGAUGGAGAGAGGAGAAGGCGCAGACACUCCGGACUCCCACCACAGACUCACCCCAAACCUUGCACCCAAAAAUGCCUUGUCCAACCAGACGAGUGUGUCCUCGAAUAGUGUAGCGGGAACUCCAAAUCCACGUUAUCGCACUGAGGAUCCUCCCACGGAAGAUAAAAUUAAACUGCCUUUUCCCUCGUCGUCCAAACCACUUCCACUUCCGUCCAUAAAUGGAGAAAUUGGGUCAGAAGACAGCACUCUGGUCUGUGCCAGAUGUGGUAUUUCCUUCACAGGAACUUGGUACGACAAACAAAGAAAGAGGCCCUGCUGUCCCACCUGUUGGGCAUCAAAGAGUAAGGAGCAUCCGAUGAUUCGUUUCAGAAAGUGGAUUCCUUGUGGUCAGUGUGUGGGAUGUCACAACACAAUCAAUUGUGGACAGUGUGCCAACUGUAAACAUGGACUACAGAGCCCAGAGUCCCGGAGACGAAUUUGCCGGAAACGCAAAUGUAUAUGUCCUAUUCGGAAGCAAGGUACUGGUAGUGGAAGCUUCAUGCCGCAGAGGCCUUACAAUGACACUCCUGAAACGUUUGACGACAGUAUGAGUUACCAGAGUGAAGUUACAGACUCACAGCACCCAAGUCUUAAAAGCAGCGAUACGGAGAACUUCUCGCACAACGUGGACGUAGAAGAUGACGAAGACAUGUCAACUGAUGACGAUGAUGAUUGGCACAAGAAGCGGAAACGUCGUUCUUGUGGCGAAUGCAAGGCCUGUCUCUGCAGGAAAGACUGCGGCACGUGUGAUUUCUGCAUAGACAAACCCAAAUUCGGAGGCAGCAACAAGAAGAGGCAGAAGUGUCGUCUCCGUCAGUGUCAGAGACAGGCGAUGAGACAUUUGUUGCCUUUCCAGAUGGGACAAAGUGACUACGGGCCAGAUGGUCAAGUGCUGCCGGGAAGACCCAGACCUCACUACACAUACAGCCGGAAGACAGGCUUAAAGAAAGGCAAGGGGUCACAAAUGGGCUUGGACUUCACUGACAAUGAAGAUGAAGACAGCAAUUUACCACCAAUGAACUGGAAUCCAGAGGCUGCGAGAGGCAGCAAACAGUCUUACGACGAGACUGUGAGAAACCACCAGUCAUCUAUGCAGCAGUUGAAUCAUUCAGAGUCUGGGGUGCGGAAUGGACUGUCUGACCGAGUCCCUCACAUCAGCAACCAUAACAGCUCUCAACUAGACCAGCAAAGCAGAUGGGAUGCACACACAGGCAGAGAUGGUCAAAAGCAACUUGAAGAAGAUGACGAAGAUGAAGAUGAGUUUCCAAUGAUUACACAGAUCUUCAGUUUAGCUGAUAACUCAGCUGGAGGUGGUGCAGACAUGGAAAACCAACUUACGAAGCUACUACAGUCUUUACGCUCCUCCGUUCUGCCAAUCCUAUGGUAUGCUAUAAUGGUGGAAGGCCCGCAGCUGCAGCUCAUCCAGUGUUCGAAGCAGUCCAACAUGACCGACACCAUGGUGCUGAUCGACCCGGGCUUCUUCUAUCAGGUCACCGUCCAGAAGCAGCCGCUGCUCCCCACCCACCCGUUGUACGACAGCUACCCAGCACGCCUAACCUCAGUGACGGAGGUAGUUAACCUGCUUUUGGGUCUGGAGAAUUACGCUGUGUGUCAGGGAAUGCCCCCCAAAGCGCCGUUAUUUCAUAAAGACCCUGUCAUACUGGAGCGGGCAUCGACAUGUGAUUUCUUGGUUAAGAAGAAUGUGAGCGUCUGUCAUAACUGCAGAGUGCUGCAGGGACUUUAGCUUCAGCAAAGACAGAAAUUUUUAAAAAAAAUUAUGACCACAGUGGAGACCACCGAUUUUCUGGUGCAAAUUUGUGCCAUUUUCUUCUUUUUGUUUUUCUUUUGGUGACAAUAUAUAUGACAUUUUACAGACUUACCUCCGGACUGUAAUAGUAUGACUUAUUAGAAGAAUCACCAAAGGCAUUCCAGGAGCUGUGACGUUAUAAUCCAGGUGUGUUUCUUCUCAGAUGUCUUUUAUUAUUGUAUGUUGGUCUAGGGCUUUUCUACUUGACUGUUACGUGUCAGAGUUUGGGCAGUGUGAUGAAUAGAGCUGUGUGAUCAGUGUGCUGUUGGUUGAUCCGCACUCUUACUUGAGGAAUAUCCCUCAUCGUUUUUAAAGGUUUGAGUGAUCUUUUCCCUUAAAUUUUGUUUCUCAUCCCCAAAUUAACCCACUGAUCUCUUCACCAGCAACACUGGCCAUUUUGAUGUUGUCAUUCUACCUUUGUAACUUGUAAUAUACCCAGUGGUGUUUGCCAGCAAACUAAAAACAAGAUAUAUUUGCAUCUUGCCCAGAUUUUCCAUUUUAUGUUAAAUUAUCACUAUACACUUUUUUCAGUGUUUGCUUGAUAUGUAGCAUUUUGGCAUUUUUUAAAAUGCUAUUCAUUUAGCAACAGUGUGAUUCCUCAUAGGAUUUACUAUUUUGCUUUGCAGUGCUGGACGAACACUCCAUAUUAUUUAUGUAGUUAAAAUAAUUGAUCAAGGAGUCAAUAAAAGAUGUUAUUUUUCCUUACACUCCAGUUUCAGUAGAUGGAAUACAACACUAUAGAGAGUACAGAGUAUUAAAAAAAACAUACUCACCCUUACAGGUAGUUUUAAUUUCUGAAAGUUUUCAAUACUGAAUAGGGCAGUAAAUAACACAGUACAUGUGUGCUCGCCGUCUUUGUUAUGACGGACCGAAAUAAUUAGACCAAAUAGCAUAAAGGUACACCAAGAUUCAACCAGAACUGGCUCACUAGGGGGGCAUUGUUCAAACAACAGCUGUUGCUACUAUAACUGGAGCUUUUCAAGAGAUCUGAGGUAGUGACUGCCAGACUACAUGGAAAACACUAAUAGGCUUCUGAAAUCCAAACAUCAGUAACAGUAACAGUAUCAUCAGUUCAGCAAAGAAUAAGUAUCUCUUAGUAUUUCUGAUGUUAUGCGAUGCACAUUUCGUGUUAUUUAUUUUUAAUAUAUUCAAAAAAAAUUCAAUGAUUUUUCAGAUUGCCAGUGCUAAAGCUAAAUUGCAUUCAAUUUGAGACAGUGUUGAUAUGAAAAAAAGGUUGGGAUAGUUUUUAAAUUACUACUAUUCUGCUGUAACUUUCAAAGAAUAAUUAUCAUAGAUUAAUAAGAUUCGCUACCCCCCAAAAAGAUGGACUGAAUUUAUAUUUGACAAUGCUUAGUAUACGCUUUUUACUUAGUCUGGACAAUUUUAAAUGAAAAUACAAGAAAGAGCUUCAAAUGUCACACGUUCAUCAAGACACUUGGCCUACGGCGAAUGUUUUCCACACAGCAAGAAGUUGGUUAUGAUUUUUAGAUUCAGCAUGUUGAAAGGUUACUUUACUGAGAGGAGAACUUUCCCUAAUAUGCUUACAGAAUGUAUUUUCCAAAAUGAUAUCCUCAAAUGAAAUUUGUGCCAAAGGUCCGUUUACUGAUGCCACACAUCAGUUUGAUAGAAUGCAUUAAGCCUUCUUAAGCAAUGACCUUCCAUUUUUGUUCUUGUCUAAUUAAACUUUAUGACAUAGAAUAUGAUUUAUUUUUGUUAUAUUUUCCUCAAGUAAUUGUGAAAAUAUUUUGAAUUUUUGGGAUCAGUGAAUUAUUCUUAAAACUGUUAUGUAGUCUUUGAAUUAAAAAACAUUUGAAGAACUCGCA